AUGCUGCGCAACGCGUCUCUUUUUGGGAAGUAUUUGCGGUGUUUGGGUCGAGGAGCGCAGAAGGGGUUUAAGAAGAAGCAGAUCCUCCCACCUAUACCUGUGAAGGCGUACGGGCGUCCGCCUUCUGCUGCUUCUCAGUGCGGUCUAUUCCACGACGAGGACUACAACUACUACACAAAGAUAUCCUUCUCCUUGCGGAAGCACCGGCGCAAGCUGAAGCCAAAUGUACUCAAAAAGGACUUUGAGUCCGAAGGUUUGAAUACAGUUGUGAAAAACUUAAAAGUUACGACUUCAGCGCUCCACGCAAUCGACGACGCGGGAGGACUGGAUGAGUAUUUGCUGCGGACGCCCCCGGAAGAGCUGCGCAGCGUCCUUGGGGAAAAGAUGAAGGCGGUAAUUCGGUUUUACGACCGAAAUCCUGAAGUUAAGCAGUGGGCACUCCCGUGGAAAUCAUUUGCUAGCGCUGCUGCUCGUGCUGAUCCUUGCCACGCGCUAUACAAACACCUCAGGGGCAAGGAGUUGUACGAAAUGCGAAUGCGAGAAGAGCAGCGGCGUUACUCUCCUUACUUUCUACCCAGCCCGCAGAGCAUGCACCCCAUGAGGCAGCCUUUUCCUGAUGGCGCUGCAGACCCUCAGCUGCCCCACCUUGGCUGGGCAGUGAACCCGGUAGAGGCGAAGGCAUUGCGGCGACGCCUUGGGAUGGCUGUGAACCAAGUGAGGGCUCAUGCAUCCCACGAGGAAGCAGACGGAUUCCGCACGGGAAAUAACAGAGGAGGCGGCGGACAGAGCGGCUCGUCGCUCAGAAAACGCUCAAAGACGCACAAGUGGAGGGAGAUUCGGGCCUACUGA